AAUACUAUCUAAUACUAUAAUUACAAUUAUUUUAUUAUUAGAAUAAAUUAUGAAAAUUGAAACUAUAAUAAUAUUGUCAUAAAUAUAUAUUAAUUAAUAAUUCUAACCUUGGUUAAUAUUACGCUUUACUAAAUUGACUUACAAAGUUUAAAAUUAUUAAUAAAAUAUUAAGAAAUGAUUAUUGUAUUAUAAAAUGUCAUAUCAAGAUUCGCCGUUUUCGACUAUGUAUGGUCAAGAUGAUUAUGAUAUUGAUGAAGAUAAUGAUGAAUAUUUAGAGGAUGACAGAGAUGUUGAAGAACAAGAUGAAAGUGAUGAAGACACAGAGGAAGCAAGUGAGACAGAUCUUGGAAAAUCUGAAGAAUACACAGAAAUAAAAGAACAAGUUUAUCAAGAUAAAUUAGCUAGUUUAAAAAAACAAUUGCAACAAUUAAAGGAUGGAACACAUCCAGAAUAUAAUCGUAAAUUAAAACGCUUGGAGGCUCAAUAUAAAGAAAGAUUACGAUUAAAUAUAAUUUAUCGUGAUUACUUGACAGAAUGGGUAGAACGAGAUUACAUAUUAGAAAAGAAAGCAGCAGUGAAGGAGUUUGAAGAAAAGAAAAUAGAUUUAAAAGAAAACUUAUUAACUGACAUGGAAGAAAAACGGAAAAUGAUAGAAUCUGAUCGACACACAAUGGAACUUACUGGUGAUUCAAUGGAAGUGAAACCUGUAAUGACAAGAAAAUUACGAAGACGACCAAAUGAUCCUGUACCUGAAAAAGUAGAAAAACGGAGGAAACCACCUCCUGCUCAAUUAAAUUAUCUAUUAGAUGAAAAAGAAAUAGAAAGUGAUUUAAAAGCUAUUAGUCGCGGUAAAGUACUGACCACUGUUCGCAAACCAGUAUUACCACAUUACAAUGCAAUCAACAUGCCUUCACAACAUAUUCCUCCACCCUCUGAUAGUCCUAUGAUAGAGACUAGAAUAGAAGAUGGAAAACUUUUACAUGAAAGGCGAUGGUUCCAUCGUGGACAACCAGUAUAUGUAGAGGGAAAAGAUUUAACUAGGUUUGCUGCAAAUAUUUCUGCGAUAGGAACAGAAGCCAUUUGGGUGAAGAAAGUUUCAGAUGGAAGUAAAGUGCGAAUAUACUUAUCCCAAUUAAGUCGAGGGAAGAUUUCGAUCAAAAGAAGAGCAUCAUAAUGACUAUCAUAAUGAAGUAUUCAUCGUUAUAAAUUUAAGUGUUCAGUAAUUGUUACACUUGUGAUAUGAUAUUAGACUUGUAGUUUAUUGAAGUUCUAUUUUCUGGAUUCAAUAUAACUCUUACUGUACUUGUUUUUUGCCACCAAUAAAACCAGACUUUUUGAUGA